AUGACUGAACGUCAAAAAAAACGUCUUGAAGAAAAACGUCAACGUGAUGUACGACAACAAGAAUUAAAACGUUUGCGUGUAUCACAAGAAAUUCAACGUGAAUUGGAUGAAAUUGAUGUGAAAAAAAUUGAAUUAGAAAAUCAGCAUGCUGAUAUACAAGAAUGUUUGACUCUUUGUGAUAAAAAUAAACAAGUACAUUGGGAGAAUGAAUGUUUGAAAAUUGUUCAACAGAAACAUGCAUUGCAACGUCUUGAAGACGAAUAUAUAUUUGCUCAAAAAGCAUUGACGUUAGCAAAUGAACAAUCACAAACAGAACAAGAAUUACGAAGGUUAUAUAGUCUAUCAGCUCAACAAAAAACAAUUAAUGAUAAUCAACGUGAAGAGCAACUUCUUGAAAAGAGUACAAGACUAGUUAGUGAACGUGAUCGAUUGACAAAUGAAAUUGAGCAAAUUCGACUCAGAGAACUUGAGGAAGAUCAACGAAUCACAAAGGCGUAUCAGUUACAUGGUGUACACCAAAUGCCAAGACUUAUCUCUGGCGCACUUGAUAUUUUGAAAGAUAUUAUUUGA